GUUGCAGAACUAAUGGUAGUGGUCCUUUUUGUCUCCCUCUCCACUAGCUCACUCAUAAACGCUUGGAAAAAUCAUUGUGAGAUAUCAAAUCGAAUUUAAAACCCCCCCAAAUUCUUCUCUGGUGUGUUUCCAUUCAUGACAGACUAGAAAUUCAAGAAUCAUUAAUCAUCAUAAUGAACACUACUCUCCACAUUUUUCUCUACUUCUUGAUGUUCAUCAUUUUGUUCCUCAAUCUUGGCCUCCAAUCAGGAAAUUUCUUGCAUUUCAAUGGUGAUGCAAACACAACUCUACCCCAUGUCAAACCAGAACAGGCUUAUUUCAAGCAUAGGAAGCUCAUGCUACAUGGGGUGUGCUCAAAAUGGGACAUAAGCAUAUCGCAAAGCAGAUAUCCAACAUCAGGAAUCCCAGAAUUCAUAGUGCAGAUUGUGAACACUUGUGUUACUGGCUGCGCACCUUCCAACAUUCAUGUGAGUUGUGGGUGGUUUGCUUCCACAAGAAUUGUGAAUCCUAGGACUUUCAAAAGGCUGUCUUAUGAUGAUUGUCUUGUUAAUGGAGGUCGCCCAUUGAAGAGCAGCCAGAGCAUCAGGUUUACAUAUGCAAAUUCUUUCAUGUACCCUCUGGAGUUCAAGUCUGCCAGCUUCUGCUGAGAGAGAGAGAGAGAGAGAAAAUGAGAGUUUUGACACGUUUGGUGUUAGAGAAUUGAGACAUGAUUUGUUCAAGAAUCCGUUGAUGAUAUCAUAGAUUCUUGUAGAAAUCUUGUAAAUUUGCACGUGGGGAUACUUAGAUUAAGUUAGUUUUGCUAUUGAUUUUUACUACACAAGUGUGCUUAUUGGAAUUAUGGGUCCAUGAGUUCACUGUUUUAUUUUCUGUUGAGUAGUUCAAAUUGGUUGAUUUUUCUGAUGUAUUUAAUCUUAUUUUAUUUAUUCACGAGUAUAUAUUAUACGUGUAGUAUGAUGUUAAUUACC